AUGGCUCCAUGGGGAAUGUUAAUCCGAGCCAUCCUCGUGCUGGAGGAUGCAAUCGUCUCCCAAAUCCUCCGAAGCCCCCGAUUUCACCACGGCGUUCGUCGCAUCCAUCGAACCGUCGAAGACUACCGACACGGCCGAGAUCCAAACGAGCCUUUGCGCCCCGGAGAAGCAACCGAGGACCCAAAUCUCCAGAAACGAUCCUUCUUCGGGUACUUCGCCGACGAGAUUCGGAAUCAGAUUCGAGGGACGCCGACAAAUCCGCCGGGAAAUCCGCCUCCAGGUCCCCCGUCGGCGCCCAAGAAAUGA